GCUAUGGAUAUUUCUAGGAAGUAAUAGUGUUGCUAAGAAUAUUUCUAGGAGGUCCAACAGCUUAUCAAUUAUUAAAACACCGUAGUUUCGGAUUCCCAGAAACUGACUAGUUUCUGUAACAUUGAAAUUUAAGUUCCUUGCCGUAAAAUCCAACUUGGAGCAGUUAUACACACCAGAAAUCAUUUGCAUUGCUGUGAACUCGAAGCGCGAAAACCAUAGCGCCGACGCCAACACGGAAUUCGGAUUUGUUCGCAGUCAUGGUAAACGGAUUCAUUCUUUUCGGUCGCCCUGUUGUAUUUGCAAUACUGGCACUAUUUCAAGGCGGUGUGUUGAUAAAUUUUCUUGUUAAGCACCACAGCAUCAAAAAUUGGUUCUUCCUUGCUGUACCGUUUCCCGCUUUUAUAGCGUGGAUCUGGCACGUAAACGACAUAGCGGGACGUUUUCGCUGGAUGUUUGUAGUCUGGCUGUUUCAUGUUGGUAUAGGAUUGGUACCCUUCGUUGGAACCAUAUUUGCGCUCAUCAAGAACAAGCUCAUUGCAGGAGAACCAUACGGUGCUGAUAGUCUGAAAUUGAUCCUAUGCGUUUCACCGCUUCUUCUGCUGAUUUUAUUAAACGACCCAAGCGUGGAAACAGACUCAAGUGAUUAUCGCGUGUUGAUAACCGAUCUUUCUUACAAGAUGAUCAUCGAUUUCUUCGAUGGAGUGGACAUGCUGAGUAUCAUUCUACAAGAAAACGAAGGCAAUCAUGGCAUUCCAACGAGCUACGAAAGCGCUAUAGUUGCUUUGGUGUGUAUUAGCUUUCUGCUUUCUCCUAUGGCUCUAUUUGGACACAAGGUAGAUGAAAAUGAUCUUAUUAGAAGCAGCAAUGCAGUUGUAGCCGUCCGCAUCGUCUUUCAAGUUUGUUUUAAUACUCUGUUUCUCGCGCUUCGCGUGGUAAUACACCUCAAGUACGGUGUAAAUCUUUCUGUAUUCACUGCCAAGAAUGUGAUUAUGAUUUUAAUCGCACUUUUCAAGGUAAUCUCCUUCUUAGAAUGUUGCGAAAAAGAACAUGAAAUUGAAGUAUAAAUACUGACUUCCGCACUAAACUGGCGCUGAAUUAACAGCAGUUUCAAAGCUAUACAACAGUGUAUCUUAUAAAUAUUUCAUGAUUUUUUUUCCCAAACUUUCUCUUUUGACAAGUUCAAUAAGUUUUCAUAUGUAACAAGAUCAGGGUUAGAUUGAAACUUCUCUUUCUUAUUGAUAAUUCAUCAAGUUAAAACAAAGAAAAUCACAACCGUGAAGGAGGUUUG